CCGAUCGAGUUGGUGAACAGUGAAGUGCAGCUGGCCUCCAGUAUGAAUGCCAUCGAUCAGCCCCAGAGUCAAGUUGAAGGAGUCACGCUUCAGACCAGCGAAUGUGCCAGUGAGUGUUUCCUGCUCAAAUGUCCUCCUGUUCAGAACGGCACCAGUACUGUGGCAUCUGGACACUACGUCAUUUCCUGGAAGAGAAAGUCAGCAUUUGCUGAGACAUCAUUGGUGAGAACGAUCAUUACUCUGCCACAUGUGAUGGUGGAGAAUAUUCCUCUUUAUGUCCAUGCAGAGCUGCCAUCGUUUGGUCGCGUGCGUGAGUCUUUACCUGUUCGGUACCAUCUGGAGAAUCGAACUGGGUUGGUUCAGGAUGUCGAGAUCAGUGUGGAGCCCAGCGAUGCUUUUAUGUUUAGUGGACUCAAACAGGUGCGAAUGAGGAUUUUGCCCGGUGCAGAACAGGAGAUGUUGUAUAACUUCUAUCCUCUGAUGGCGGGAUAUCAAGGUCUUCCUCAGCUCAACAUCAACCUGCUGCGCUUUCCAAACAUCUCCAAUCAACUGCUACUUCGCUUCCUGCCUUCACGCAUCUUUGUCAAGCCUCAGGGCAGAAAUGACACUUCCAUAGAAGCAGCGUGAGGAAGAGCGAAGCACAUCUCCCAGCUCGGAAGUGUUGUCAUGGAUACUAUUGCAGGUUGAAGGCUGAACAUUCCUCGGAGAACACGUGUUUACAGCUUAAUGAUUUGAACUUAACUUUAAAUAUGAAGGAUUUCAGCUGAUUUUGUUGUCUAGAUUGUUGCUUGUCAAACAAGACUGAAAUGUAGCUUGCAUGAGAUUUGGUUUUUAAAUAACAGAUUUCAUCUACAGUCCUCCUAUUCUCUAAAAUGUUUUUGAAAAAUAACCUUGUAACUAAAACUAAAUAACUGCUAAAUAAUGUUAGAAAUCAUUAAACUGACAUGAAACUA